ACAGGCCAAUUCCUCAAGGCGGUCAAUCAUGAGGUUCCCGCUCUUCCCAUUUCUCGCCCUUGCUACCCUCUCCGCUGCAGAUCCUACGCCGAAGGCAGAGAAUAUUAAAGUAUUCCUUUGCUCAGAUAGUACCGCAGCAUCAUACAACCCCCGAAAAACCAAUAUCCAGGGUUUCGGACACUACCUCGGCCCCUUUUUUACCAGCACUUUCGUAAACCGUGCUAGAGGGGGUCGUUCAACCCGGUCAUUCAUUAAUGAAGGCCUAUGGGCCGAAUUACUCGGCCUGGCUUCUCCGGGUGACUAUGUGAUUAUUGAGAUGGGCCACAACGACAAUGGCACACCCGGGACCGGCGGGGAUGUCGGUAAGGACCGAGCAGUUCUCCCGGGAGUCGGCGAGGAGACGGUAACUGUGAAGAAUGCCAAAGGAGAGGAUGAAGUUGUGCGGACCUUCGGAAGCUACCUAGGACAGAUGAUUAAAGACUCACGGGCUGUCGGAGCCGUACCGGUGCUUUCGGGAAUGGUACCACGAAUGGAAUGGACUAAUGGGACUACUCUGCAAAAGACCUGGCCCUUCACUGAGGAUUCACGGAAAGUUAGUUUACCUCCAUCCCGAAUCUUAUCAACCGGGCCAUUGACGGAAUUUAGGUAUCCGAAAGCCAAAACGUCGUAUUCUUGGAUCACACUGCCUACUCUGUUGCUCGAUUCCAAGGGUUGGGAUAUACGGAGGCAAGCAAAAUGUUUCCUUCCGACCAAACACAUACCAAUGCAGUUGGUGCUGAACGUAGGCCUCUCCGAUCUUCAAGCAGUAAGCAAGUAAUGCAGCAACUAAUAAUUGAUAGUCAAUGCGGAGAGCUUCGUUACCUCCAUAUUGUGUGCUCAGGGACCAGGUGCCGCUCAAUUCAAGGAGACAUUGAGCGAGAAGGGGAAAGCUACUGGAUAUGACUGUUAGGGCGCAGCACAGGAACCGUAUUAUCAAUUAUGGCCUAACAGGAUGUUGUUGUAAAUUAGUCUUGUGAAGUACUUAUCUAGAAGAGAUAGAAUUAGGUUUAUCAAAUGGCCGAUUCCUCUGU